AUGUUUUCACGCUCAGUACUGCGGAGCCUGGCUGCCGACUUGCGGUGGUCUGCUCCGUCCUCGAUUUCGUCGGCAGCUCCGCUCCAGCAACGAGCUUGCUUGCACCAAACCGCCCUGCUUCGGACAUCGCAACAAGAGACACAGACUCCAUACUCCCCGCUGAGCCCUGAAACGCCGCUGAGUGCCACACCCCGCGUGCAAAACUCCCAACCUGUGGCUCAGAACCCUCCUAGGGUGCCUUCCUCCGACUCCGCCCUAUCCUUCGUCCCUCAAACACGCGCCGAUGUCCCAACUGCCAAACAACCAGUGGCACCGAGCUUCGAGUCUCCUAUUCAAGUGACAAAGUCCCUAAUGUCACGCCUGCCCCAUCUUGUGGGCCAGUCGCCACACUACGUUGUCGCCGAAUUGCACGCUCGGCCUUACCUCUUGACAGAGGGUGACCACAUCCGUCUUCCUUUCCUCAUGCCCAAGGUUAAGUCCGGAGAUAUUCUGCGCUUUAACCGGGCUAGUGCCGUCGGAUCGCGUGACUUUACAAUGAAGGGCUCGCCGCAUCUCGACGAACGCCUGUUCGAGUGCCGGGUUCGCGUGACUGGUGUCGAGUCGGAGCCCAUGCGCAUCAAGGAGAAGACGAAGCGGAGACAGCGACACACCAAGCAAGCCCGGAGCAAACACCGCUAUACCAUUAUGCGGGUGAUGGAAGUCCGGGUGAAGACUCCCGAGGAGCUGUUGGAGGAGGGUGCCGUGGUCAUUGAGGAUAGCGAGGACACACCUACAAUCGAGGCUCGGCAAUGA